AUGUAAACAGUGUUCUACUUUGAGACCAAUAAAAACUCUAAAUUCCCUGGUUGAUAAAACACCAUGGAUUCCUUCUUCUGUGGCAGAAGUACUGGGUAUUGUACCCCUUCAACAUGUGUUUGUAAUGACAUUUACUCUUGAUGAUGGAACAGGAGUAUUGGAAGCUUAUCUCAUGGAUUCUGACAAAUUCUUCCAGAUCCCAGCAUCAGAAAUCCUAAUCAAUGAUGGCCUUCAGCAGAGUAUGGAUAUGAUCUUGGAUAUGUUUUGUCCUUCAGGAAUAAAAAUUGCUGUAGUUGUCUGGAUAACAUUUGAUUCAUCAACCAGAUGUUCAGGUCAAAUUGUAUCAAUUACAUCUACUGCCACUGACUUCCUUUUGUGGCCAUUAUUUCUGCUUACAUUGAAAUUUGAAGACCUCAAUCAUAGCCGUGUUGCACAUUGGGAGUUGUUUCUGAAUGAAUAUAGAGAGGCUGGUGUGAAUGGAAUAGAAGAAGCUGAAUACACCUCUGUCUACCUGAGAAAGCAGUCUCCACACAAUGGGGCACUGGCUACGCAGUUUCUGAGUCCAUAUAGUUCCUGGGCUGUAGCUACUUGCAGGUCACAGAGAUGGGCCAGAAUCUUUAACCAGCUGUGCUCGUCUGUUUCCAAAGUCAAAGCAUGAGUUUGUCACUAUUUGUGACUCUCAAUCCAGCCAAUUCUCUUCUACACUUUCUGGAAGCUUUCCUUGGUAUCUGGGGAAAUAGCUGGAUUCUUCUGAUUAUUUUCAGUGUUUUGAAUUUUGACCAUGUAUUUCACCAAGUUUUGUUUUUAUCCAGAAUUCUUUUAAAUAAAAGUAAUACGUAUUUGUAAGAACUGAAACAGCAUGAAGUAUAUGAAGUUGAACUAAUUCUUACUCUAACUAGUACCCCAGAGGAAACCACUUUUAACAGUUUGGUGUAUAAUUUUCCAGACUGUUUUCCCUAAGAAUGGGUAAAUAUGUGUAUGUAUACUUUUUAAAAAUAACAUCAUGCUAUAAAUAUAUUUCUGCAACUUUUGUCACUUUAUAAAGUAGACCUUGUUCUUUAUAACAAUACAUAUAGAAGGAGAAACUUGUUUGUAAUUACUCAGCGUAAGUAACUUUUUAGGGAAUUCUCUGAUUAUUUCACUUUCUAUUUUUAUCUUGAUUUUUGGUCUAUUUAAGUGUUCUAUUUCUUACUGUAAACAGUUUUGGAAUUUUUUAUAGGAAUGUAUGCAUGUUACCUAUUUUGUUGACUUUAUCGCCUUAUAGUUAUUCAUAAUAAUAUUUUAUUAUUAUUGCUUUAGUCUGUGAUUUGUCUGGUGUUAUUUUCCCUUUAAAUAAAUCUGAAGCCCCUGGGA